AUGAAAUGUGUAAACCGUACCAUCCCAAAACUACUCAUGCCAGAACAAGACCUGGCCUCAUCUUCACCGUCAAAUGCAUAUAAAUUUUCAACUGUAUAUGCACGUGGAAUAAGAUUGUUUAAGAAUUUUUUGUGCAAUCCCAAACAGAUUCCAGCUGGAGUUGGAGAAAAAACAGCUCUGAAGAGACUAUUAAAUACACUGAUCGAUAUAGAAUCAAUCAAAAGCUGUUUGAAGCAAGCUCAUUCCAAAACAGACUGUGACUGGACACUGGUACUUACACAACAUCUGUUGAGGAAUCUUGCUGUGAACCAGUCUUUCCUUGUCGACGAUCAUUACGGAGCAGGAAGUGAUAGUUGCUCAUGUUGUAAACAAACAAUUUGUGGAAAGUUUGGAGACACAAGCAUAGGUUGCAAAAGUAUAUGGCAUGGUUACAUUGACCUGAUAUUAGGAUCAGAAGUUCCUGUUGUGACUGUCAAUGAAGAAUCAAUGACAGGAAACCAGUUAGCAGAUGAGGUUAGAUCUGUGAGCAAAUUUCCAUCCAAGCGUAGAGAGCAAAUAAUUGCACAGACCAUCGUGUUCUCUUUUCUGCAGAAAAAGGAAGAAAACAGUUAUGAGAAUUACCUAAUUCCAUGCGUAGGAGUGGUUAAAAAUUAUGUUUCUUUUUUCAUGUACGACUGUGAGAAUGACAUCUUGCUUGAAAGUGCGCAGAUUAAACUGAUGAGUGUUCAAGGUGGUGACAUUUUGGAGACAGGUGUGUUGGCACUAAAAAAACUAAACACAACAUAUGAUUGACACAGGAUUUAAAGCAGAGUUUCCUAAACAUGCUGGAAAAGAGUUUGAAACUUACAAAAAGAAUGUACAGUUUGGUUGUGGCUUAGGGGAAGAUAAAAAGGAUAAUUAUGUAUGUACCUGAUGAAAUUGAUUACAUAAACUUGCAUUAACCUUUGAUCCAAGUUUUCAGCUGUAAUCACUUUGAUGCUGUAGCCACCGGGAUAAAACAGUUUGCAAAAAGUUGCUAAUGACUUAUGCAGUUAGUCCUAAAAUCAACUUGUGACUUUAAGAGAUGUCUGAUAUUAUUAUGCCCCCACAAAGUGGGAGCAUAUAGCGUUGCACUUGUCCGUCCGUACGUCCGUCCGUACGUACGUCCUGAAAUCUUGUGAACGCAACUCCUCUUAAACCGGAUGGCAGAUUUUGCUUAAACUUCCAGGGAUGAACAACCUUAAUGUGUAGAUGGUAGUAAAGGAGGGAAUUUUUGCUGCGACCAAAUUUAACAGAAUUAUGGCCCUUUGUUGAUUUUUCACUAAUUAUACCAUACAGAAAUUUUGUGAACGCAACUCCUCUUAAACCGGAUGGCAGAUUUUGCUUAAACUUCUAGGGAUGAACAACCUUAAUGUGUAGAUGGCAGUAAAGGAAGGAAUUUUCGCUGCUACCAAAUUUAACAGAAUUAUGGCCCUUUGUUGAUUUUUUCACUAUAUACAUUUACUAUGUAGAAAUUUUAUGAACGCAACUCCUCUUAAACCAGAUGGCAGAUUUUGCUGAAACUUCCAGGGAUGAACAACCUUAAUGUGUAGAUGGUAGUAAAGGAAGGAAUUUUUGCUGCGACCAAAUUUAACAGAAUAAUGGCCCUUUGUUGAUUUGUUCACUAUAUACCAUAUAUAUGUUGUCAGUGGGGGACACAGUUCUUGUUUUGAAAUUUAGAUUUGCUCUGAAAAAAUUGUUCAGGUUGGUAAUAUAGCACUACUGAUUGUUAUACAAGAAAAAAAAAUGAAUAUGAAAGUGCUUUGAAUCUCUCCAAAGUAUACAUUCAGAAGUUGAAGAAAAAGUCACUUUACAUUCUCACAAAAAAGUGGACAACAAGACUAACUUAUGCAUGUACUUAUAACAUAAAGAUUAUUUCCUUUUUACUAUAAAAAUGUUGAUGCAUAUAGAAAUAAUAAUGAACAAAUCCAAGAA